AUGCGUGGGAAUGAGACUCCAUUAGAUUGGAAAGAUCGAAUUUGGAACACAUUAAUGGAAUUUAAAAAAAAUCAUCUUUUGACUGAUUCUAAUAAAAGAUAUCUUAUCGCCAGAAAACAAACAUAUUUAUUAUAUCAGUGUAAUGUUUGGUUUGGAAUAAAUAUAGGAAUAUAUUAUUCUUGUAAUCAGCUUAUCUAUUUCAAAUUAGGAAGUGGAUAUGAGUAUUUUCAUGCAUUCUUUAUAGAUAAGCAUUGGUGUACAAAUUGUACUGAAAAUGAAUAUUGUGAUAUGAGUUUCGAGGACUAUAUGAAGCUAAAAAAUAAUCCUCCACCUUGCUAUUUCACAAAGAAGGCAAUCUGUCGAUAUAAGAUGUGGUUGGAAAAUGUAUAA